UUCAUUUUAUACGCAGUUUGCUUUUGAACUAGGUCUUUGGGCGAUAUCCAUAAAUUGGAAUAAUCGCGGAGAAAAAGAAAGAACAAAAUUGCACAAUUAGAGCGAUAAAAUAACUACUUUGAAGGACAUUUUGCAACUUGCAGUAUGACUUGGGGAAAGUCCGAUUCUUAACUGCAGCGGCUGCCGUACUGUCAUAAUCAUUAACUUGACCAAAGGAACUUGGAAGGUAUAAACAGAGCAGAAGAAUUCAAGGUGAUGGUGAACGUUUCAGCCGUUUUCCAAACGGAACGCACCAUGCGGGGUCCCGCUCUAUGGGCUGUGUGCGUUUUAGUCGGCAUCUUCAAUUUGGCUUAUGGGUUAAGGGAGAUUCGAUGGUGUGUUAUUUCCACUCUUGAGUUGAACAAGUGCUUAGAAAUGAAGAAAGCCUUUGAAUCUGCCAAAAUACAUCCUUCCAUGUCCUGCGUUCAAGCAGCCUCGGCAUUGGACUGUGUGAAAAAGAUAGCGAAUAAAGAAGCAGAUGCUGUGUCAUUGGAUGGUGAGACUCUCUAUCAGGCUGCAAAGGAAUAUAAACUAAAGCCCAUUGUUGGUGAGACGUAUGAUCAAGAAGUUGGAACCCUUUUUUAUGCAGUGGCUGUUGUCAGAAAAGCAAACAGUUCAAUCACUAUCAACAAUCUGAAAAUGUUAAAAUCCUGCCACACAGGCUUCCAUGAAGCAGCAGGGUGGAAUAUUCCUAUUGGUUAUCUAAUUAACACUGGGAAAAUGUCAGUGAUGGGUUGUAACAUUCCAAAAGCUGUCAGUGAGUUUUUCACUCAAAGCUGCAUCCCUGGAGCACAACACAUUCCACCAAACCUCUGCCAGUUGUGUAUUGGUGAUGAGAAAAAUCAAAAUAAAUGUGCUGACAAUGCUAAUGAGAGAUAUUUUAAUGAGAGUGGAGCAUUCAGGUGCCUAGCUAACCAAGCAGGUGAUAUUGCCUUUGUUAAACAUUCUACUGUACAGGACAAUACAGAUGGAAGUAAUCCCACAAUGUGGGCAAAGAAUCUUCAUUCAAGUGAUUAUGAGCUACUCUGUCAUAAUGGAAGUCGUGCUCAAGUAACAGAUUGGAAGAUGUGCCACCUUGCCAGAGUGCCUGCCAAUGCAGUUGCAGUCAGACCAGAAACUAAUGGCACUGCUGUCUUCAAUGCUUUGGAUGCUGCACAGAAAAAAUUUGACAUUACCUCAACUGGAUUUAAGCUAUUUGAUUCUGCUUCAUACGGCGGCAAAGACUUACUGUUCAAGGACUCCACCAAAGAAUUCAUGCUGAUCAAGAAUCAAACUUAUCAGUCCUGGUUGGGUUCUGAAUAUCUACAAUCCUUGAAUGGACUUGACUGCUCCAGAAUGCCCGACAAUCUGCGCUGGUGUACACAGUCUAGGGCAGAAUUGCUGAAAUGUGGAGAUAUGGCUAAAGCUUUCAAUAGCAAGAACCUGACACCACCAAUUCAGUGUGUGUCAGGAGAUGAUUCCAGUGACUGCAUGAAAAAGAUCAAGAAUAAAGACAUUGAUGCAGUUACAUUGGAUGCAGGGCAGAUUUACACAGCUGGAAAGGUAUAUGGACUGGUGCCUGCUGCAGCUGAAAGUUAUACAGAUGAUAAUGAUGGAGCAUCAUAUUAUGCUGUGGCAGUGGUAAAAAAGUCAAGUCAUAACGCCUUCACCAUCGAUCAAUUGAAAGGAAAGAAGUCAUGUCAUACUGGAUUAGGCAGAACAGCUGGCUGGAACAUUCCCGUUGGUUCCCUAAUUGAGAGAGGGGAAAUACAACUCAGCAAGUGUAAUAUUGAAAAGGCUGUUGGUGAGUUUUUUUCUGCAAGCUGUGUGCCAGGUGCAAACCAGCCAGGUUACCCAUCAAGCCUUUGUGAGUUAUGCAUUGGAGAUGUUGAAGGGAAGUCAAAGUGUGCUGCCACUACAGUGGAACGAUACAGUGGCUAUACAGGAGCAUUCAGAUGCCUUGUAGAGGUUGGAGAUGUAGCAUUUGUAAAACACACAACAGUUUUUGAUAACACAGAUGCAAGAAAUCAGGAACCAUGGGCUGUGAAUCUAAAAUCCACUGAUUACCAGCUACUGUGUCUGAAUGGUGCACGGGCAGAAGUGAAUCAAUGGAAGGAGUGUAAUUUGGCUAAGGUUCCAUCUCAUGCAGUGAUGGUCCACCCUUCCACGUCCAUUACUGCUGUCUUUGGCUUGCUUGAUAAAGGACAGGAUUUCUUUGGGAAAAAUGAUAAUCCUAAUGGCUUCAAGAUGUUUAAUUCAUCAGCCUAUGAUGGAAGUGAUCUGCUGUUUAAAGAUUCUACUGUUAGAAUCAUUUCAGUUGGGGAGAAAACUACUUACCAAGAUUGGCUUGGAAAAACCUACCUGGACGCAAUCAAGAAGAUUGAAUGUUCUGGUGCAGCGAUAACAAGGUCAUCGUUGUGUCUGCUCAUUUUAAUGCUGCACAGUUUCUUCUUAUAAUCACCUCCAUGAUCUGCCACAAGACUCAUUUCAAAUCGGAAAUGUGCAGGCAAUUCAUCCUUGUUGAACCGAACUACUCGAGGAGAGGAAUUGAAACAAUAAAAACAAAAACACACUGCAUCAGAUAAAAUGAAGCCCAAGAUUGAAAAUGCUACCCAGCUGCAACAAUUCAGACAUGAAAAACAAUAAAUGAUGAUUCAUUUUCCUAAGCUCAGAAAUGUCAUAACAGUUCAAGAGAGAUGUCACACAAUACCUGAUUUAAGGAUUGUAAUUUGUAGAUUUAAACAUGUUACAUGUGGAACUGGUAGAAAAAUUAUUUGGGGUUGAUCAUGACUGUUUAAAGAGAAGGUCACUGUAUGUAGUAAUUUAUUAGUUGCAUUCAGCAGCACAGCUUCUGUAAAAGCAGAUGCUACAUCAUUGUGUGUACAUGCCAUAUUAUUUACUGGUAUAAAUAAUGGUUUACAAAUA